AUGGGAUUCUUAAACAAGUUCAAGCAUACGGAGCAGCAGGAGCACUCUGAUGCUCCCACUCCCGUGAGGUCGGAUUCCACCGUGGAAAAGGACGGCGUGACGCUGGACGACAGCCCCGUCCCUUACCUGACAUGGCGCUCGUUCACUCUCGGUGUCGUUGCCUCUAUGGGCGGCUUCAUCUUCGGUUACUCAACUGGUCAAAUCUCCGGCUUCGAGACCAUGGACGAUUUCCUCAUGCGAUUCGGACAGUAUAACGCCGAGUCGGACUCAUAUUCCUUCAGCAACGUGCGGAGUGGCUUGAUCGUCGGUCUGCUCAGUAUCGGAACCAUGAUCGGUGCCCUGGUGGCUGCCCCCAUCGCUGAUCGCAUGGGCCGCAAGUUCUCCAUGUCCUUCUGGUCCAUCAUUCACAUCGUCGGCAUUAUUAUCCAGAUCACCACCGAUACCAAGUGGUACCAGGUCGCCAUGGGCCGUUGGGUUGCCGGUCUGGGCGUCGGCGGGCUCUCCAGUGUGGUGCCCAUGUAUCAGAGCGAGUCUGCUCCUCGCCAGAUUCGCGGCACGAUAGUCAGUGCCUUCCAGCUGUUUGUUGCCUUUGGCAUCUUCAUCUCUUACAUCAUCAACUUCGGCACCGAGAGAAUCCAGUCCACCGCCUCGUGGCGCAUCACCAUGGGCAUCGGUUUCGCCUGGCCUUUGAUCCUCGCCGUCGGCACCCUGUUCCUCCCCGAGUCGCCCCGUUACGCCUACCGUCAGGGUCGCGUCGAGGAGGCCCGCCAGGUGAUGUGCAAGCUGUACGGUGUCCCUCCCAACCACCGCGUCGUCGCCCAGGAGAUGAAGGACAUGAAGGAUAAGCUCGAGGAGGAGAAGGCCGCGGGUGCCGCCUCGCUGUUUGAGAUCUUCACCGGGCCCCGCAUGCUGUACCGUGUCCUGCUCGGAAUUGCUCUGCAGUCGCUCCAGCAGCUCACCGGCGCCAACUUCAUCUUCUACUACGGCAACACCAUCUUCAAGUCCACGGGUAUCAGCAACAGCUACAUCACCCAGAUCAUCAUGGGCGCCGUCAACUUCUUCAUGACCCUCCCGGGCCUCUGGGUCGUCGAGAACUGGGGUCGUCGCAAGGCUCUCAUGACCGGUGCCGGCUGGAUGUUCAUCUGCUUCAUGAUCUUCGCCUCCAUCGGCGCCUUUGCUCUCGACCUGGACGACCCGCAAAGCACCCCCGCCGCUGGCAAGGCCAUGAUCGUCUUCACCUGCUUCUUCAUCGUCGGCUUCGCCACCACCUGGGGUCCCAUCGUCUGGGCCAUCUGCGGUGAGCUCUAUCCCGCCCGCUACCGUGCCGCCUGCAUCGGCAUGGCCACCGCCGCCAACUGGACCUGGAACUUCCUCAUCUCCUUCUUCACCCCCUUCAUCGUCAGCGCCAUCGAGUUCCGCUACGGCUACAUCUUCGCCGCCUUCUGCUUCGUCGCCGUCCUCGUCGUCUUCUUCUUCGUCAACGAGACCCAGGGCCGCACCCUCGAGGAAGUCGAUACCAUGUACGUCCUGCACGUCAAGCCCUGGAAGUCCAGCUCGUGGGUUCCCCCGGAGGGAAUCGUCCACGAUAUGCACUCCGCAGCCCCUUCCACUCCAGAUAACUCCAAGGAGCACGCCUCGGGUCAGAGCGAGCACCAUAACGAGACCGAGAUCAAGGAGUAA